CGGAUGUGGAUGAUCAAUGUGCAGCGCCUGCUGGAGCGCAGGGAGCGAGAGUGUGAAUAUGGCUACGCCUCAUCGUUCCCCUCCAUGACCAGCCCCCGGCUACAGCAUUCGAAGCCCCCACGGAGGUUUAGCAGGGCACAGAAACACAGCAGCGGGAGCAGCAACACCAGCACUGCCAACAGAUCUACACACAAUGAGUUGGAAAAGAACCGACGAGCGAACCGACGAGCUCACCUGCGCCUGUGUUUAGAACACUUAAAAGUUCUGACCCCGUUGGGCCCAGACUGCACCAGGCAUACUACACUCGGUUUGCUCAACAAAGCCAAAGCACACAUCAAGAAACUUGAAGAAGCUGAAAGGAAGAGCCAGCACCAGCUUGAGAACUUGGAACGAGAACAGAGAUUUUUAAAGCGGUGACUAGAACAGCUAGGUCCUUAUGAGAUGGAGCGAAUACGAAUGGACAGCAUUGGAUCAGCCAUCUCUUCAUAUCGCUCAGAUUCAGAGCGAGAGGAGAUUGAAGUGGAUGUUGAAAGCACAGAGUUCUCCCAUGGAGAAGUGGACAAUAUCAGUACCACCAGCAUCAGUGACAUUGACGACCACAGCAGCCUGCAGAGUAUUGGGAGUGACGAGGGUUACUCCAGUGCCAGUGUCAAACUCUCCUUCAUGUCCUAGAACCCAGCAUGACACAGCAGUGCAGGGCGAAGCACU